UGAGAGCCACCAAAUUCUACUAUCAAAAGAUAAGUUGUAAGAAAUCUGUCAAAGUCUUCCGUAUAUUUCUGACACCAACCUCUUAGGGAAGAAAAAUUAGAACAAGAAAAUGGAAACCAUAGGAGUACUAAUGGCAUGUUCAAUGUCAUCAUACUUAGAACAAGAACUUGACAAGCGAUUCAACCUCUUACGUUACUGGAACUUCUCCGACAAGAAAGAAUUCAUCAACAACUACUCGCAUUUAAUACGCGCUGUUGUGGGUCACGCUGGUGCUGGUGCUGGUGCUGAACUUAUCGAGGCGUUGCCUAAGCUAGAAAUUGUGUCCAGUUUCAGUGUUGGAUUGGAUAAGAUUGAUUUGAACAAGUGUAAAGAGAAGGGUAUUAGAGUGACAAAUACACCUCAUGUGUUAACUGAUGAUGUUGCUGACCUUGCUAUUGGAUUAAUGUUGGCUGUGCUUAGGAGGAUUUGCGAGUGUGAUCGCUAUGUUAAGAAGAGAUUGUGGAAAGCUGGUGACUUCAAGUUGACUUCUAAGUUUAGUGGCAAAACAGUUGGUAUAAUAGGAUUAGGGAGGAUUGGCUUAGCAAUUGCAAAGAGAGCAGAAGCUUUUGGUUGUCUAAUCAGUUACUACGCGAGAGCAGAAAAACCAGAUACAAAUUACAAGUAUUAUCCAACUGUAGUCCAGUUGGCUACUAACUGUGAGAUCCUAGUCGUGGCAUGUGCACUAACUCCUGAGAGUCGUUACAUUGUCAACCACGAAGUAAUUGAUGCAUUAGGUGCAAAGGGAAUUCUUAUCAAUAUCGGAAGGGGUCCUCAUGUUGACGAAAAAGAACUAGUAUCUGCUCUUCUUGAUGGUCGAUUAGGAGGCACUGGCCUUGACGUGUUUGAGAAUGAACCUGAAGUACCUGAGCAGUUAUUUGGGCUUGAGAAUGUAGUCCUGUUGCCUCAUGUAGCCAGUGGCAUAAAGGAAAUGCGCAAGGAAAUGGCUGACAUUGUUAUUGGAAACUUAGAAGCUCACUUUCAGAACAAACCAUUGUUAACUCCAGUGGCUUAGGAAUGUAACUAACAUUUGUUUGUCAUGGUUGUCUGGAGGUUAGCUACAUGUUGAUGUAAAUUUUGUUUCCCUAUAUGUAAAGGGGUCUUGACGUAAUUGGUAAAGUUGUUGCCAUGUGACGUAGAGGUCCUGCAAUAGACUUGAUCGGUCCUCCAAUGACUUGUUUAAUUUGUACAAAGCUUUUAUA